CCGCUCCCACGCUCUCUUUCCAUCCAUCGACUUCUGUAUGUUCUCCGCCUUCACUCCCUCUCGCCCUCUCCCGCCGUCCCCCGCCGUCCCUCGCCGUCUUCAGCCCUCUCUGCAAAGCGAGACCACCACCUCCUCCUCCUCCUCCUCCUCCUCCGCCGCCAGAAGAUGCUCGAGGCAUACAGAGCGAGCUCGGCCGACUGGAAGCCGACGCCGGUCGUGGCCCUAGCCGCCAGCGCCGACGACUCCCAGGUGGCGGCGGCCCGCGAGGACGGCUCGCUCGAGAUUUGGCUCGUCUCCCCCGGCUCCGUCGGGUGGCACCGUCAGCUCACUAUUCAUGGAGAUUCCGAUUCGAGAGUGUCGUCGCUCGUGUGGUGCCGGACCGGCUCGAGAGGCACGUCCAGUGGGCGGCUGUUUUCAUCCAGUAUCGAUGGUUCGGUCUCGGAGUGGGAUCUAUUUGACUUGAAGCAGAAGACUGUUAUAGAUUCAAUUGGAGUCGCAAUAUGGCAAAUGGCUGUGUCUCCGUAUAAUGAUAAGGAACCCAAGCCACAAAAGAUUGAAAAUGGUUAUGUAGAUGAAAGACUGGAUAAUGGCAUAGAUGAUGACGAUGGUGAAGUUGAGGAUGAUUCUGAAUCUGUCGAGUUUCAUGGUGCAUCAUACGAGGAAGAUGUGUGUGUAGCCCUAGGUUGUGAUGAUGGCUGCGUGCGGUUAUACACAUUUUCUGAUUUGGAAGAUUUGAUAUACAAGAAAUCUCUGCCUAGGGUCAGCGGGCGAAUUUUAAGUGUCGCAUGGAGUCCUGCUGCAAAUAUGAUAUAUUCAGGAAGUAGUGAUGGAUUCAUAAGAUGCUGGGAUGCUCUUUCAUGUCGCGAGAUCUAUAGGAUUACAGUAGGCCCUGGAGGUUUGGGCAGUGGACCAGAACUUUGUGUGUGGUCAUUGCUUGCACUAAGGUCAGGAACACUUGUUAGUGCUGAUAGUACUGGCAGUGUUCAGUUCUGGGACAGUCAACAUGGAACGCUUUUACAGGGGCAUUCUUAUCAUAAAGGCGAUGUGAAUGCUCUCGCAGUAUCUCCUAACCAUAACAGAGUGUUUUCUGCAGGAUCUGAUGGUCAGGUAAUCCUUUAUAAGCUUUCCAAUGAGACAGUGUAUGGUGAUGACAAGAUUUCUCAUAAAGAGAUGAAGAAAUGGGUCUACAUCGGUUACGUGAGAGCUCAUACGCAUGAUGUUCGGUCCUUGACGGUUGCAGUACCAGUAAACCGGGAAGAUUCCCUGCCAGAUGAAAAAGUUAAAAGAGUUCGUCAUAGGAAGAAGCCUGUUGAUUUUAGUUACUGUAAAUGGGCUCACACGGGAGUUCCCAUGCUCAUCUCAGCCGGUGAUGACACAAAGCUCUUUGCCUACUCUGUUCAGGAAUUCACCAAGUUCUCUCCACAUGAUAUCUGUCCAGCCCCUCAGAGGUUGCCCUUUCAACUAGUGCGCUCAGUAUUCGACCAGACUCCUUUACUUCUUGUCCAGGCUCCUUACUAUUUAGAUAUUCUCUCUGUGCGGACCAAGAGUGGUAACUUUCCGAGUAAGGCUUCUGGUCCUUCUGGGGGCUUGGCAGCUACUGGACUACUGGCUCGAGUGAAGAGCAAGGCAUCUCGAAAAAUCAUUUGCAGUGCUCUUUCUUCUUCAGGGGAGCUUUUUGCCUAUUCAGACCAUGUGAAGCCGAAUCUUUUUGAACUGAAGGGGCGUGAGGAUGGUAAAAAUUCGUGGACUGUGACCAAAAAACAACUUCCUCACAGAUUAUCAUUUGUUCACUCUAUGGUGUUUAGUGCCGACUCUAAUCGGUUAAUUAUGGCUGGACAUGACAGAAAGAUUUAUGUUGUGGAUGUCAGAAGUUCGGAGUUGCUAUAUACCUUUACACCAUCUCGUGAGGAGCCUUCUGACGAAUUACCUCCUGAGGAGCCACCAAUAACAAAAAUGUUUACCAGCUCUGAUGGGCAGUGGCUAGCUGCUGUUAAUUGUUUUGGAGAUGUAUAUGUGUAUAAUCUUGAAUUACAAAGGCAGCACUGGUUCAUAUCUAGACUGGAUGGUGCCUCUGUUACUGCUGGUGGAUUUCCUCCUUUGAAUAGUAAUGUGCUUGUAUUCACCACAUCCUCAAAUCAGGUGUAUGUACUUGAUGUGGAGGCCAAACAAUUAGGAGACUGGUCAACGCGAAACACAUUCUCUCUGCCCAAAAGGUUCCAAGAGUUUCCUGGGGAGAUCAUUGGACUUUCUUUUCCACCCUCCUCAUGUUCAUCAUCAGUCAUUAUAUAUAGUGCCAGGGCAAUGUGCAUUAUCGACUUUGGACUGCCUGUGGACCGGGAGGAUAAUACAGAGUUGAUGAAUGGUCGGGAUUCGAAAUUGAGGAAGUUACAUUAUAUGCCUGUAAAUGGGAAACUGAAGCGUAGUUUACAAGCUUACGAAUUAGAUACUAAGCAAAAUAGUAGAAGGAAUUUUGAAUUUUUUGCUUUCAGAGAUCCUCUUUUGUUUGUUGGGCAUCUUUCGAAGAAUUCCAUCUUGGUCAUAGACAAACCCUGGAUGGAAGUAGUUAAAACGUUAGAAGCUGCACCUGUCCACAGACAUAUUUUCGGGUCAUGACUGCUUUUGCCAAGAUGGUUUUUAUGCGGCCUACAAAGGAGAAGUCAAUCAACAGUCAGUCCCUUAGAGCAGGUCACUUUCUUCCCUGUGAUCAUGGGGGCCUGCAGCUUGUUCUUCGUUGUAUCCCUUAAGUCAAUUCUUUUCUUUUUUUUAACCUUAGUGUUACUUGUCUCUAAAUUUUGAUCUAAUCCAAGUUUCUUUGCUUGA